AUGGCUUCAGGUCACGCUACUGUCAAGGCUGUUCUAUCAGGCGAUACACUUGUGCUUAUGGGUACAGCUACGAAUGGUCCUCCACCCGAAUUAAUGCUUACGCUUUCAUCAUUACAAGCCCCACGUCUUGCACGUUCUCCUGAACAAAUUAAUGAACCAUAUGCUUGGGCCAGUCGGGAACAUUUACGCAAAUUAUGUGUGGGAAAAGUCGUUCGAUUUCAAGUUGAGUACCGUAUCUCGAGUAUUAGUCGUGAUUUUGGCUCUGUAUGGCUGCCAAUAAACAGUCGAGGCGUUGAAGAGAAUCUGUGUGUGAUUCAAGCACGAACAGGUUACGCGAAGGUAAAAACGCUCGACCAAUCACGUGAUGGUGUAUGUGGAGAUUAUGAUAAAAUGGUGCAGCAAGAACAAGUGGCCAUGGACGAGAAAAAAGGCAUGUAUGCCGAUGCGGACAUAGAGUCGAAUGCGACUGUUCAGUGGCUUGGGGCUGAUGGAGCGACAUUAUUGGAACAAUACAAGGGAAAAUUAGUUCAAGCUGUUGUCGAGUCAGUGAGAGAUGGAGCAUCUCUUCGAGUGAUCUUAAAGCCUUCGUUGCAAUUAGUCAAUUUUGGACUGGCUGGAGUGCAAUGUCCACGAGUUAAUCAGCCAGGGAAUGCUGCUGCUGCUGCUACUGCAGAAGGAGGAAAAGCUAAUGCUGUGAAUGCGACGUCGUCGUCGACUCUGACGGGUCCAGCACCUCAUGCGCGAGAAGCUAAGCAUUUCACCGAGGUGCGACUGCUCCAUCGUGACGUGGAGCUCAAGCUAGAGGGUGUGGACAAGUAUGGCAAUUUGUUUGGCAGUGUGGUGCACCCAUCGGGUAACAAUAUCAGUGUGGAACUGCUAAAGAACGGACUAGGUUGGAUGGCAGACUGGAGCUCGUCGUUCACGAGUGCUUCAGCACGUGCUGCAAUGCGCGCAGCGGAGAAGGAGGCAAAGCAUACAAAAUUGCGUGUGUGGCGGGAAUAUGAGGCACCCGUGCUGCAUUCUCCCAAGCAUCUGACCGGUACGGUGGUGGAAGUCAUUAGCGGUGACUGCCUCGUUGUCUAUGUUCCUGAUGCAGCGACUCCAGCUGAGCAGGAAAAGCGUAUUUAUCUGAGCUCGCUACGUGCACCACGUCUUGGAAAUGCUCGUCGCGGUGAAUCGGGUGCGCCGUAUGCUGCGGAGGCUAAAGAGUUUCUGCGCCACCGUGCCAUUGCAAAAACCGUGCACGUUGAGGUCGAGUAUGAAAAACCCAGCGCUUCUGGCCAGGGUGAUGCAAUGUUGUUUGCUUCGGUAUUCCUCGAGCCGUCUUCAAACGCGAUGAAGAAGAAUCCACAAGCAAAGGGUGCAAACCUUGCUAUCGAUAUCGUUACCGCUGGUCUGGCUGAGGUGGUGCGUCACCGCCCCGAAGAGGAGAAAAGCGAAUACUAUGACGAUCUCGUAACGGCAGAGACAAAGGCUCAGACACAGAAGAAGAAUUUGCACUCCUCAAAGGAGCCUCCUACUACCGAACGUCGUGUAACCGACCUGUGUUUCGAUUCUACGAAAGCCAAGCAGUUUUUACCUUUCCUAAAGCGUGAACGAUCGACUCGUGCUGUGGUAGAGCACGUCUACUCGGCCACACGCCUGAAGCUUUUUGUCCCCAAGGAAAACUGUCUCAUAAAUUUCGUAGUUGCCGGUAUCAAGUGCCCGCAGCCUGCCCGUCACGGAGCAAUGGGUGUGAUUGUGGCACCAGCAGAGCCUUUCGGCGAAGAGGCGAAGCUGUUCACGAAACGCGGCGUCAUGCAACGUGAGGUGAUGGUGGAAUUUGAGGAUAUGGAUCGCGGUGGCAACGCUUUCGGUCCUUUGUUCGUGGUUCCGGAUGGCGGUGGUAAACCUCUGUCUGAUGAGGAGCACAACUUCGGCGUGCGUCUGCUAGAGGAGGGUCUUGCCUGGGUGGAUUCUUUCAGUGUCGAGCGCACUGCAAUGGGCAAUGUGCUUCAGCGUGCAGAGGAGCGUGCGAAAGUGCAGAAGAAGAAGUAUUGGGCCUUGUACGACGCUCAAGCUGUGGCCAAGGCUGCCCAGACAAAGCAGGUGAAGACGAAGGACGACGUGAUCCCGCGUGUGAAGCUUUCGGAGAUCAUCAGUGGCACCCAUUUUUACAUUCAAAAUGUGGGCGACCGCAACUGCGCCGCUGUGGAGGAGAAAAUGAAAGCAUUUACGCGUAUGCACGGAUUGUCUGGUAAGGCCUUCGAGGUGCGCCGUAACACUGUGUGUGCUGCGCUCUUUGAUGAUGCUAAUGGUCCCACCUGGAACCGAGCUAAGGUUGAGUAUGUUCACCCGGACGGAUCUGCCCGUGUUCGCUUCCUUGACUACGGUAACGAGACGACUGUGACGGCCAAUGGUCUGCGUCCACUCGACGCUGACGUGCUGCAGUUCCCUCCUCAGGCGAAGGAAGCAACGUUCGCCUGGAUCAAGCCGUUGGCGGCGACGGAGGAGUUUGGAGCUGAUGCUGCCAUGCGUCUCGGCGAAGUUGCUUGGGGAAAGACUCUUUCCUGCCGUAUUCACAGCAUCGAGGACCACGGUUGCAUGCAAGUGUCCCUUUACCUACCGGGUGGCAAGAGCGUCUCGGAAAGUUUAGUAGAAGCUGGUCUGCUGCGCAUCGACCGCAAGGCACUCCGCGAUGUCUUGUUGUACCAGAAGCCUGUUGUUGACGGCCUGCUUAACGCACAGGAAUCCGCUAAGAAGCAGCGUCUUUGCCUGUGGCAGUACGGCGAUAUCGAGUCCGACGACGAGCAUGGUUUGUAG